AUGGGCCUCUCCAUCUCAGACAUCCCCAGCCCGAUCAACGGGUGCGGCCAGCUCAUAACCUCAGUGUCAAACGACGGCAGAACAAUACAUGUUCUUGCGGGGCACGAAGAAAGCGACAAUUUUGCCGACAUGACUUUCCUAACAGGCGCAGCUUGCGAGUUCAUGCCUAGUCCACUCGUCGGUGAAGAUGAUCAAUAUCGAUGCAACCUCCAUCACAUCUUCGGCUUGUCUCUCACAUUUCACAUACGUCUAGACUACGCCCGCCAAAUGGAGCCACCAGACCUAGGGGAGAAAGAGACUACAAUAUCUACUUUCCUAAAUAAAGACACCCUUCGAGAAAUCGAAGUCAUCGCCGACUGUACAAGUCGUCUCAGCGGACAGGUACCCGAAUACGACUGUGACUGUGCACAAUGUCAAUCGAGUUUCAUCACGAAAUCGGGAAUAAGAGUGGGCGACAACCUCCCAGUGCAACGUAACGUUAUAAUAGAUGACAUACAUGCAACUGUUUUCGAUAUUCAUCGCUCUCCGAGAAGUUUACGAGUGCAAUACAGUCCAUCCUUCACCCACAGUCUGAUCGACAUUGAUCUGGCAAAUACUUUGGGUCAUCGGUUGCACCGUAAUGAGCAUCAUCACGACGGAAAACCGAUUAAUGUCAUCAUGACUCUUGCGAAGCCGGGUUAUUUUGCUCUCUCUCAUGUCAUACAAUGCUUACCAUGCACAUUUCAAGUUUCAGGUAAAGGCAUUAUUGUCCUCAGUGACGAUGACGUGAGGAGACUUCACAGCCAGUCGGAAUACUGGGAUCGUUGCGGUCAGGUGUCGAGACGCGUUGGGAAGGAAGCUGAGCGUAUCCUAGAAGGGUCACAUCUUCGAGAGGCAGGUCUAUCUCGAGUUAUAUUUCACGCCACAGACGGCACAAAAUACCCUACUUGGGUCAUAUGUGGAACUAACCUACCGUGCAGCGAAAUCAGCCAGGCGUUACUGCGGUUAAUGGAGCCGAAAGGACAAGCUAGUGAACUCAUAAGUCUACAAGUUGAGGAUGAGUUCGGCAGGAUUGAAGAUAUCGGGUUUCGCCCUGUGGACGACCUGCAUUAUGUAUACUUCGACAGUGGUCUUCGUACCGGGGAUGUUUUCAGAGUGAGCAUUACUGUCCGUGAUUGGCAGCACCGAAGCCUUUCAAAAGAGGAGGGCAUUCUUCCGCGCGACUACGGAGUCUACGACAACGUCAUCCUUGCAUUCCACAACGGUACAGGAGCGAAACUGUGCCUACGUCUCUCCGAGCAAGAAGAAAAUUUCGUGAGUGAGCGUAUCGUAAGAAAACUUUCCAUUACGGAAACAACGGACCUAUUUGGCAUUCUUGAUUUUAACAAGAUGUUAAGAAUACCCGAAGGCACAAAAGAGCCAGAUCUGACAUACGGCAGGGAAGCUGCACAGGAUAUAUUUAAGAGGCCAUUUCGACAACAGCCCCCAGUCGGAGAUAGUUAA